AACCAAUUUUCAGAAAGAAAAAAGAAAAACUUAGAAAAUAUGGAGAAGGCACUUUCACUUGUGGUUUUCAUCAUCUUCUCUAUCAUGCUUGCUUCCGUUGAGAAUAAGGUAAACGCAAAUACAUGCAUCGAGGGUAUUGGUAAUUGUCAGCAAUGUGACGUGAGAUGCAAGGCCAGACACGGACCAGCGGCCAAAGGCGCUUGUGACUCCAAAUUUCAACUAUGCACGUGCAAUUACCCUUGCGGACAGGGUCCAUCGCCUCCGCAGCCCAAAAAAUGUUAUGGUGGAGCUGGCAUUUGCAGCGAUAGAUGUGGGGCUCAGUGUUGCAACCAAAACUGUGCGCAAAAGUAUAAUCAAGGAAGUGGAUUUUGUGACAGCAUUGGCAAUACUUCUUUGUGUAAAUGCCAAUAUAAUUGCUAAAACUUUUUAAAUGUUUCUAGAAUAAGCAAAAAUCAAUAAAUUUUGUAUUUUUCUUUCAUGUUUCGAUUCGGAUGUGGUAAAACUACUAAUAAAUAAAUUCUGAUUAU